AUGGAUGGUGCAGCGGCGCCUGGAGGUAUCGGGGAGGAAAUUUCUUCUGCCCCUCGGGGUCGUGGGAGUCCCUGGACUCCGACGGCUGGCCACAAUUUCGUGGGAGGAAGCAGCAGUCCUGCGGGAACUGAUGGUGUUAUUACUCCAAUAGGCUGCGUUCCUGACACGAUGCAAAGGCCGCCUGGAAGAAGCGUUAGUGUUCCCUUUGGUGGCGAGGCUUACGCACCGGUAUCCACGGGGUUCAUGAUGAGCGCCCCUCUGCCUCAGCGACCAGUUUCCCCCAUCAUGCGUUCAGAUCUCUCGCAAGUGAUAAAGCUCACGGAGGGAGUGCCUUCCGGGCACAUGGGGAUGCUGGGCAUCGUUCCAACCCCCAAGACACCCCCCAAGUCCUUGCCUCUUCGCCACCUCCCCGAGCCGGGAUUUUUGCCAGAGAACAGACCUGGCACAGGCCAGCGGAGGGGUUGCGGCAGCGCUGGUAGCAGCACUGUGAGCAGCGCCAGUUGCCCCGGUGCGACUGGGGGGGGGGGCACUCCCUUUCGCAACCCCCCCUCUGGCACUCCUGCUUCCCGUCCUAGCGUCACUCGGAGGCUGAACACUUCGGUGUCUCGGCCUCUCUUGAGCAUCGGAGGGGUGCUCAAUAGCAACUCUUUCCACACAGAAUAUCGUGAGCAGAUGAGUCCCUCCUGGUGGCUAGGAGCUGCUGCCUGCAGCUCCUCAUGGUUGCAGCUAUCGCCGCCUCCUGAGGUCAUAGAGUUGGUCGAAAAGAAGAAACUGACGGAGCAGUUUAAGACCGUCGAGGGCCUCAUUGACAGAGCGAGGAAUCGAGCUGGAGACGCUCACGCACGCCCACCGCCUCGCCACGCGAAUUGCAUGAUAGAUCCGAAACAAUUAUGGCUGCGGUUCCUGACGCUCUCUCCUCCUCUAUACUCUACGGACUCUCCGGUGCCCACUGUUUCCCCCAAGACUGUUCAGACUGCCGACAGCGGCGGCAGUGACACGGCACUUGCUGAACCUCAAGCUCCAAAAGAGCUUCAAGAAUACUGCCUAGGCACCUCCGGGGAGCCGUUCCUUCCCAUUCUCUUUGAGGAGUCCGGGGGAGUCGCGGAGUGUGUGCCUCCAGACGAAUUGCUUCUAUUUGAAGAAGACGCUUUGCGGGAAAUCGCCUGCCACGUGGAGGCGAAGCUAGUCCACGCACUUACGUGCAUGGUGCUCUCUGCCAAGGCGCGCACGAACGCUGCUGCUCGCGAAAAGGACUCCCAAGGGGAUUUGGAGGGUUCUUGCGCUGUCCCCGCACUCACUGAAGAAGCAGCGACACCAGCGACAGCAGCAGCAGCAGAAGGAACGUUUAAAGCCGCUGAGAGCACAUGUUUCUCGAAGGGAACCCGCGCAAGGGGAAAACGCUGCCGUCUAGGCUUUGUGGCCGAACAGGAGCCUUCGGAGAGCACCCCAAAGAGCCCAGAAGUCUUGGCAGCCGGGUUCUCAGGGUCGGAGACGCAAGAGGAGGCCUUUAUACAAAGUCGCGCAAACGCUCCAGGAGCGGAGGCGGGCAGCAGUAGCCCUGCCAGCGAGUCACCUACAACACUUGGAGCGAAGAACACUUUGGAGAGGGACUUGGGAGUGAAGAUACCACGCGCUGCUGAAGCGGAUCCUGAGCGCAGUGGCGUUGUAGUUGGCCUUGAAGAUCUGGUUGUAACAUACGGACCUUCUCCAUCCCUCAUGCGCCACCAAUGCUGCUUUCACCAGGGCCCUGACUCCAGGCCACCAUUCAGGUAA